AUCAUUUCAGGAGGUGUAAGGAGAGCAGCAGACACUGGAUUCCAGGAGGCAGCAGUGGACUUUGAGCCAUCAAAGCACCAUCUGUGCAUCCCAGUACCCUGACAGAGUCCAGCUGAGGGUAUAAAACACUCAAACUCAGACUGACGCAUCAGUCUCAUCUGAGUACUCGCCGUCCAAGUGGGAGAGAGCUUCCACGAGCCCGCCAUGGGGGACUCAAAGCUCUGCCUUUUGCUGCUCCUCGGCACAACCGCCUUGGCUUUUGCCCAGGAUGAAACCUUUCCUACCUGUCUGUUGGACCAAAGAUACAAGGCCCUGCACAAGUAUGAAUACCAAUAUGAGGCUGAAUCUUUAAAUUCCAUCAAUGGAGCUUCACAGCUUCAGAACGGACCCAGAGUCUCCUGCAAGGUUGAAAUUGAAGUGCCACAGACUUGCAGCUUCAUCAUCCGCACCAGCGGCUGCAGUCUGAGCGAGGUCGCAGACAUGGACGCAGACGGUAACGCUGUGUUCAGGCCUGCAGUCAACUCUGAGACCUUUGCUGCUGAAAUGGAGAGAUAUCCUCUGAAAGUUGUAGUUGAGGGUGAGUAUGAUGUGAAAUUGUACCCUGAAGAUGGAGAGACAUCAACCAUUCUAAACUUCAAGAGGGGUAUUGUCUCUGCCCUGGCUGUGCCUUCACUGCAGGAGGACAAGAACAAGAACAUGCCCACUAUCCAUGGCAAGUGCAGGACCUCCUACAAUAUCAAUGCCAGAGAAGACAUCAUAACUGACAUCAAUCUGAACAGGGAUUUGUCCAGAUGUGACAAAUUUGUCCCAAUCAGAGAUCACAAUAGCCCCCUGGCACUCAUCACAGGCAUGCACUACCCCCUGUCCCAGCUGGUCAGAAGCUCUCAAACCUGCAACUACAAGUUUGACAAUGAGAAAAAACACAUGACUUCUGGUUCCUGCACAGAGACUCACAUCCUCAUCCCGUUUUCACACAAAGGGAAAUAUGGAGUUACUAAUGUUGGAAAACAAGAACUUACUCUGGUUCAGGUGUCAGCUCACAAUGACAGAGUUUUUGACCGCGGAGACAAUGUCCAGGAUCUUCACAUGGAGGCAGUGAAGGACAAAAGUGCCAUCCAGGACAAGGAAGCAGCGCUAACUCUCAUGAGAGAACUGGUCUCUCUGCCCGACAGUGAAGGCGAAAGGAGGCCCCACCUCUUCCAAAAGCUUGUCUCCAUGGUCCGUGGAUUGACGACCGAAACCCUGAGCGCUGCUGUUCCUGAUGCUCUGGGCGUGUCCCGCUUCCUGACCUACCAGGUUCUGGCUCAGUGUGGAACCCCUGAGUGCAGCAGUGCCAUCAUGCAGAUCCUCAGGACCUUUGAUACCACCUCCCCAGAGGUCGAUGCAGCUAUUUUUGCUCUGGGAUUUAUGUCCAACCCCUCAGCUCUCCUGAUAAACGACAUGCUACAGAUGGCAAAGUUCAAGUCCAGCAAGCCCAUCAUGUACGCCCUGAGCAACGUCGUCAAGAGGUUUUACAAAGCAGAGAAAAAACUGAUUCCUGAGAUUCAUUCUGUUGCUGAGUUCAUGGCUGAUGAGCUGGGCGACUGCACUGGAGACCAGGACCACGCUUUCCUAACAUUGAGGGUGAUUGGAAACAUGGCUCCAGCCGUCUUUCCUGCCAGCCCUGCACUCAGAAAAGCAGUCCUCCAGUGUGUGAACCAACCGGCUGCUGGCCAACAAGUUCAGCAGGCUGCCAUCCAGGCGUAUAGACAAAUUCCAGUUCCUCAAGAGGCGAGGAAAGUGCUGAUGGAGGUGCUGUUGAACAAAGGCAAUCCUGUGCAACAACGCAUUGCUGCAUAUCUUGUGUUGAUGAAAGAUCCUGAAACAAGUGAGCUUGCCCAACUGGAUGAUGCCUUUCUCAAUGAAGACAACGACCAGCUCCUAAACUUUGUCAUGUCCCACAUCAUAAACAUUUUGUCAUCAACUGAUCCUGAGACCCGACAAAUCAGAAACAAGAUAAAUGAGGCCAUGAAAAAAAGUGUGGUUGCACCAUAUUUUGAUCCCAUGACGCUUUCUAGCAACUACAAGCUCGGCUCUCUAGAGAGCAACAUGAUCUAUGAAAGUGGCAGUUACCUGCCUAAGGAGGUCAUGCUUGACAUGACAUUGAAGGCUUUCGGGUUUGAGAUUGACAUGAUGGAGAUUGGAAUGGAGGGCAAAGGAUUUGAGCCAGCCAUUGUUGCCCUGUUUGGAGAGGACGGGUUCUUCCCAGACACCACCCUGAAGGCCAUGUACUUUGUCACUGAAAACAUGCCAGAUGCAGUCAGCGAGAUGUUGCAGAACAUCAUCCCUGCUUUAAAGAACAGGAAGAAGAGGGAGAAUCUCAUUAAGGAAAUCGGGCAAAACAUUGAAAAACUGCUGAGGGAGAUGAAGGCUGCAGAGUCUCCAGAGGCAAUGGUUUAUCUGAGACUCCUGGGGAAUGAGCUGGGGUAUCUGAAGUCCAGUGAGAUCGCCAGCUCUGCUCAAAUGAUGUUUGACAUCAUGUUCAAGAUGAUUUCAAAGGAUGAGGUAAUCAAGUCUCUGUUUAGAGACCCUGUCACCAAUUUUUUUGCACACUACAUCUUCAUGGACAAUGAAUUCUUCUUGCCUACUGUCACUGGUGUGCCCCUGAGGGUUUCACUGUCUGGUACCUUUGCUCCAGGAUUCAGGGGAGGCAUUCAACAAGCUCAUGACAGGAACUCAGUGAGUUUCAUGCCAUCUGCUGGAUUAGAGUUUGUCACUCAGGUUGGCUCGCACAUCCCUGAAUUUGUUGACUCUGGACUAGAGAUGCACACAAACUUAUUCCAUGAAAGUGGAAUCAAAGUCGAGUUCCCCAAAGUGAAGGCAGCAGUUAAGCUGACUAUUCCUGCUCCAACUAGUCCCACAAAGCUCCUCAAAGUGACAAACACUCUUGUAGCAGUGGUUGGAUCUGAGGUGAAAACAAUCCCUCCACUGGUGACUGACAAGGUUGAUAUUAGCAAAUGCUCAAGAGCCUUGGCUGGCAUGAAAAUCUGCACUGCCUUGCAAUACACAAAGGCAUUUUCUCAUGAGACAGCCCCUUACUUCCCCUUUACUGGAGACAGCAAAUUUUCCGUGGAGCUGCACCCCACUGGUGACGUCACCGGGUACUCAGCCACCAUUGCAUAUGAGCAGCUAAAGGAAGGAGAAGAAGGCCGACAGAGAGUGGACGCUUUAAAGUUUGUUUUGAGAGCUGAGGGGGCAUAUCCAACUGAAGCCACAACCGUGAUGAUGGUUAACAUUAAGAAAAAGAUCAUGGGAUUGGACAUCCAAAUCCCUGACUUAAAAGUUGAAGAAGGGAUCAGAUUUCGUUUUGUUGAGGAAAAAAAAGGAAAAGAAACACGUGGCAUCACUUUUGAGUUUUUGCACAAAAACCUUCCAGAGCUCACACUCAUUGGCCGCACCAGUCUGAAGGACAUGAAGGAAGGAAUGCUGAAAGUCCAACUCCUAGUUCCCUCAUUGAAGGUUGAUGCCUCUGUCAAGACGAAAGCUAAAAUUGAGGAGGAACUGGAAUUGGAACUUGAGAGUGAUAUUAAGGUCAUGGGUGCUACAUCCAAACAGAAAAUUGAACUAACAUAUGACGGCAGAGAGAUUGAAGCUGAGGUCAAGUCUGAGAUGAACACUCAAAUUAGCUCUCUCCCCAACGGAAAAAUUAUAGAAAAGUACGGGAACCAGAUUCUUGACAUGAAGGUGGGAAAAACUGACAUGAAAGUUCGUCACAUCUUCAGGAAAUUUGUGGAGGCUGCAAAUAAUUACAUGGAAAAAUAUGGUGCAGAAAUGCUUCCUUAUAUACAGAACUUUAGACUGCCUAAUAUUUCCGAGGUCUCUCUUCCAGAGAAACUUUUCCUAAACACAGAAGCAAAGGCAACCUACACCUUAAAUGAUGAGCGGAUAAAAAUUUCUGUCCCUGUGCUUUUUGGAGGAAAAUCAAGAGAUGAGCUCAAAUUCCCACCAGCUCUGAGCACCCCAAGAGUUUCUCUGCCACAGUUUGGACUGGAAAUUGCCUCCAGGAAGAUUUCCAUCCCAGAUUUUGUUGUCCCUGAAGACUUCAUUCUGUCUAUUCCUGUCUUUGGCAAAGCUGAAUUUUCGACUAAGAUGGAGAGCAACCUGUAUGACAUAGAGGCCUCAAUGGCGGUCGGUAAAGACAUUGUUGAACCACCAAGCUAUUCAGCUAAGUUUGAUGCGAAAGGAACCUCUCCAAUUGAAAUCCUUACAGUUGCAGUUGAAGGUUCUGGAAUGGUGUCCUCCAGUGAUUCUAUCAAGGCUAAACUGAAGAGUGCUCUGACCCAUAAGUUCAUUCAAGCCAGUUUUAAUUUUGAAGAAGAUAUACUCAUCAAGGAAAAAAUCAGUUUGAAUUCAGUGAGCAAGAUAGAGGCCUCAAGUCCUUUGGGUCUUAGCAUCAACUUUAUGCACACUGCGAUGGCUGGAGUCAACACUGAAAAAAUCACCGGUGAACACAUGUAUGAAGGGGCGUUUAAGGCUGGGCCCAUUUAUGGCAAAGUUACUUCAGGGCAAUCCUUUGCUGUGUUCCCAUUAGAACCAAAAGCAACAUGUAGUUCUAGAGUUCAGAUUGACUCCACUGUUUUUAAGGGGAAGAACACAGUGGCAGCAAAACUGGCUAAAGGCGAUGUUUAUGUUCUGUUCCACACCAGUGCUUUGGAAGAUGUCUUCCGUCAAGACGCUAAACUUCAAUUCCAAAACUCCAUGUUGUCAGUGACAUGUGAGACAGCAGCCACUGCUAUUGGCUUGCAGAUUCGCAACCUUGUUGAGGCUGCUGUCAAAGAGGGCAAAGUCACCGUCAGUGUUAACACAAACUGUGACCACUUCGAAAACAAGGGUUCCUCUAUGCUGACUGCCUCUUUUGAUAAAAAUGGUCUGGUCAUAACCUCUGAUGCAAAUGUGAAGCUUUUCGAGAAUGAGGCAAUCCAUAAGGCCACUCUCAAAAUGAACAAGGACGGUUUGAUCACAAGCGGAACAUCGACCCUGCAAAGUCCUCUGUCAUUGGAAAAUGUUUUCAGCGGUGAAGUUAAAGCCACAGGAGCUGUUCUAUCGAUUUCCAACAAAGCUGCAAUGCUUGAUAUCAAGUUCGACAAUGUCAACAAUCUGGACAUUACACCUUCCAGCUUUCACUUCACCUCCCAGGCUGAAGCAGUUGCAAAGGAAUAUGCCUCUUACAAGCACAAGUACGACUUUGAUCUAAAACCCUACAUCGCCUCUGCAGUUAUUAACAACAACCUGGAGCUCCUUGGUGCCAAUUUCAUAAAUGAAGCCGUGCUAAAUGCAGAGCUUUACAAGAUGGAUUUAACUGGAAGUUUGAAGACUACGUAUGCAGAGGAAGAGGUCAAGCUCACCUACCAGGUUAACUAUGCUGAUUUGAGUGCAAACGCCAAGUGCAGCACCACUGGAAAACUCUUUGGCACUCACAUGAAUCACAAUACUGAACUGGAAAUUGUCGGUCUAGCAGCCACGUUCAACAAUGAAGCCCGCUUUAACUCCCAUCCAAUGCGCUUUGACCACACCAUUCGUUGCAGCGUUGUUCCCUUUGAUUUCAACCUUGAUGCUAUCUUCAAUGCUGACGGCGAUGUGGAUUUGUAUGGAAAGCACAGUGCCCAGCUCUUUGGCAAGUUCUACCUCAGAACCCAACCCUUGGCUUUUGCUGCCUCACAUGAAUCCAGAGCAUCAAUGACCCACCAGCUGGACAAUGGCGUUUCCCUUCUCACCACAUAUGACAACAAGAUGGACACUGUUCUGUCACCCCAGGAGCAGAAAAGCAGUUUUAGAAUAAGGUCUAAAAUGAAUGAACAUGCGUUUAAUGAGGACAUUGAUGUUUACAACACUGCAGAUAAGAUUGGAGUUGAGGUUUCUGGCACCAUCCUCACAAACAUAAUCAACACGGCUUCUGAUGAAAACCAAGAGUUUACCCUCUCUGGCUUCCUCAAGUAUGACAAAAAAUCAGACAGUCAUAUAAUUUCCUUCCCUCUGGCUGAAACUCUACCAAAGAUCUUAGAGGACAUCAAGGGACUUGUUGUGCAUGUGGCUGAAGCUCUGCAAAACUUCAUGAAUGACAAGGAGGUAAGGGCUAAACUUGAGGCUCUCCCUCAGCAAAUUAGUGCCAGCAUUGAGCAAAUGAAUAUUCAAGGCAAGAUAACUCAACUGAAGGACUUCAUCAUUAAUUUGACUCAAAACUUUGCCAUCUCCAAGGAGGAUGUAGAGGCCUCAUUAAGAAAUCUAAACUUUAAUGUUAAGAAACUGCUGGCUGAUCUCACUUUUUACAUCCAACGUUUUACCGUUAUGAUCAAGGAUACUCUUUCCAGUGUGACUUUUCCAGAACCCCUAAUUCAGAAGAUUGAUGAACUGUGGAAGACGUAUCAAAUCAAAGAAGCUGUCUUGCACGUCAUUGAUAGUGUAAAAGAGAUGGUCCAUGAGAUUGACCUUGAAGAACUGAUGGACAGCAGCAUUGCAUUUCUGCAAGACAUUGAACUUAAGUAUGAAAUCAAGGCUAAAGUACAAGCAAUUCUGAACAGCAUUAGAACAAUGUUUGAGAGCUUUGACGUUGUAAAAUUUGCUGCUAACCUACAAAAUCACAUUUCUACAAACUUGACCUACCACAUUCGAGAAUUAGGUAAAGUCUUACAAGAAGUUUCAGGAUUUAUAUUUUAUACCAUUCAAGAAAAUGUCGAGUAUUAUGACAUUAUUGGGAAGAUCAAUGCAUUUAAUGACAAGGUGAAGGAGCUAAUUGUAAAAUUUCAGGUUGAUAAACAAUUGCAGACUGUCUUGGAAAAAGCCAUAGACUUACUUCAACAACUGAAAAUUAAGGAAACUAUCCUUGCUAUUAUCAAAAUGAUAGAAGAUGCAGAUAUCCCUUCCAAAUUUAGUCAAAACUUCCAGCGUAGCAUCAAUUACCUUAAAGAAAGUGAAGUGAAGUACAUUAUCGAUCAACUGAAUGCUGUCAUUGAAACCGUUGUGGAAAACCUGAAGGCUUUGGAUUACAAAGAAUUUGUAAAUCUAACCAAUGAAAAGAUUGCUGCGUACAACGCAUUUGUGAACGAGCAGAUCAGGACUUUAGAAAUUCCCCAUAAACUCGAAGCAACAAGAGAAUUUAUUAAUGCUGUCCUUUCCUCCAUCAAGAGCUUUAUGGAACACCUAAGAGAAAUCAAAGUUGCAGAAAUAACAAAAUCUGCAAAUGAUCUACUUCAAACUACGGUGUGGGAGCUUCUGAAGAAGCUAGCUGAGGACUUAAAAAAAGAAAUCAGAAUACUGGAGGUGAAGACCAAAAUUUCUUUUUUUCUAAACUGUGUGCAUAGGUUUUACACAGAGAUUGUGUCCAAUUUGAGUGAUGCUUUCACUCGUCUUUUUAAAAUAUUAAAUGAGUGGUUACCUGACCAGCCGAUCAUCACAGAAAUCCAGCAAAUCUUUGAAGGGCUUCUUAAUGAACUGAAGAAAGCUGAGAUCAAUGUUCCAUCAUUUACCAUUCCUCUUACAGAUCUAGAUGUGCCUUCCACAAAGUUCAGUGUGGACAUUUUGAAAAACUAUAAUCUGCCCUCACAGUUGGAGAUCCCUGAAUUCACAUUUAUUGGUCUGUAUACCUUUAAAGCAACCACAAUUUCUUCUGAUGACAUCAAACAGAAAAUGAUGGAUUUCAUUGAUUUCAUUGUCAACUUUGACAUCCAAAUGCUGCCAGAGGAUUCUUUUUUUGGAGAUUUGAGGAUGAAUUACUUUCCAACCUUGCCAGAUUUCACCCUACCAGAAUUCCCCUUUUCAGAUAUUACAUUCCCCUCCAUCCCAGUAAUCCCUGCAGAGAAACUUGUUAAGUCUCUUGAGAUUCCCGAAAUCAAACUACCAUCUAUUCCAAAAGAGAUUAUGCUUCCAUGCUUUGGCAAACUCUAUGCUGAGAUCAACUUAAACACCCCCGUUUACAUCUUUAAGACCACUGCAGAGUUUAAGAACGCAACUGAAUCUAAAGUAACACCCGUGUUCACUGGACUAUUCUCUUCUGAGGGAACGUCUCAGUUUUCAGACAUACUCACCUACAAAUUUGACUCCACCACUCGCAUCUCAAUUCCAAAAAGGAAGCGUGUAGUAGUUGGACAGACUAUAAAACUCAACCAUGUUGCCUUUGGAUUUGAUCAUCAGGGUUCUGUGACUUUCUACAGUAAAUCAGUCCAGGCGCAAGCAAAGACCACAACUGAGGUUUCACUUUUACCUAUCAGAGGCAAAUUACAAAACACAGCUUUUAUAGCCAUAGAGCGAGGAAUGACAGCCACUAGUGACACAGAGUACAGUCAUAACGUGCAAUUACCAUUGGUCAGAAGUGAAUUUUCUGCAACCCAAAAGACAGUCCUUCGCCAGGAUGGUAACACUGUCUCGUUGACAAGUGAAACUACUGGUAAGGGGCAGUUAAAUGACCAGGAUGGCACACACAACAGCAAGGUUGACUUGUCACUCAGCCCAACCUUUUCUAGUUUCUCUUUCUCUGGUGACACAAACUUUAACGUCUUUCAGGCAAAACAGCUUCUAACAAGUGAAUUCCACCCAUUACAUGACUUUAAGUUCAAUGUUAGUAAUGACAUAAGGGCUAGGGAUAUGGGUAUAGAUUACAGCAGUCUUGAAGCUUCUGGACUUGCAAGUCUUCGAGAAAUGAAGAUUGAGUUGGAAGCAAAGCAUAACACAAAAUCAUAUGGUGUUGACAGAGUCUUUAUCUCCAACGGAGUCAUCUUUAGAAUCUGCCCAGUUGAGUUUUUCUUUAACUUUCAAAACAAAGGAAAUGCAGGAGUCAAUAUAGUUCACCCCUAUACAGCUAAGGUUGAUCUACAGAAUGACUACUUAAUCGAUUUAAAUCCAGAUGGCCAAAAAUUAAACGCAGUGUUCCUUGCUCGCUUUAAUCCAUACAAAAUCUCCUCCAGCUUCCGCGUAGAAAAUAAUAGAAAGGAGGUUGGUGUCUUUGCAGAAAUGAAGGGUGAAGCUAACUUAGACUUCCUCACAAAGCCCAUCAGCAUUCCUGAAAUUGACCUUCCUUUUAUUGACUUCCAUUCUCCAGCCACUAAUGACCUGAACGUUUAUGAGCUUACUGGACUGCAGAGUUUCCUGACCACAACAGACCAAGCUAUUGAUGCAGAGGCCAAGAUUGUUUACCAGAAAAGCAAUGCUGCUCCACUUGCAGAUAUUUUGGGUUUAAUUCCCAUUCCCUCUUUCGGCAAUCUCAUCACUGAGCUGUCUUUCAAGUCUGCCAUCAUUAAUCUGAACACCAAUGCUGGACUGUUUGGAGAAGAGGAUCUAGUGUUCCGCCUUAGUGCCACUACUGCUUCUGUGUUUGAGGCUCUGACAGGUAAACUUGAGGGCACCAGCAGUCUUACCACCAAGAGAGGAAUCAAGUUGGCAAACUCCCUGUCUCUUAAAAAUCCUCACCUGAAUGGCAAUCAUGACAGCACCAUCAGUGUUAGCACUGACACUUUGGAAACAGCUGUCUCUGUGGGUACAUCUGCAAAAAUUGCCCUUCCAGUUCUCAACUUUGAAGUCAGCCAUACACUGGUGGCCAAUACCCAGUCCAAGGCAGAUACUCGUUCCACUCUGAAAAUCAAAGGUGAUUUUGACAUCCCUCUUUUUAAAGCUAUUGGGAAGUUGACAGCAGACCACAGUCUGAAGAUAGAGGAAACUCCUGAGUUUGUUUCAGUGGACUCAGUUAUUAAAUCUAGUGUGGAUGGAAAAGUAUGGGAAAACUACAUAAUUUUGGGGGCCCUGGACAAUGAUGCUCAUCUCUAUGUGAAUGAAAGAAAAAUACGCAUUAGUUCUAAGCUUAUUGCUGAUACCAAACUUAACCAAGACACAGCCAAAAUCGUUAACAUGGAUGUAAACAAAAAUCUGGCCUUAGAGGCCUCCAUGGAUAAAAUUUACGCAGUGCUGGAGUACACUGGACACAACGAAGCGAAUCUGUUCGGCAUCAAAACCACAGGAAAGCACAGUGUUCAGAGCAACAUUGACUUUACACUAUCCUCUGGACUAAAAGCCAAUUUUGAGAUUGAUAUGCGCCAGCCAAGCGAUCUGAGUGAACUGACUUACUUUGAGAAGCUUUCUGCUGAUGUUACAUCGUCCAGUCAAAAGAUCUCCUUUGAAAGCAAGCUUGAUAGUCUUUUUUACACCUCAAACGUGGAAGCUGGUUUGGAGGGCAAUUUUCCUGCCUUCACUGCAGCAUUCAAGUCCUCAGCCUCCACUCCCAUUGUUGUCUUGGAUUAUGAUGUAGAUGCUUCUUCUUCUGUCAGCUUUGAGAAUGGCCUGAUGGGAAAUCUUCAACAAGAUGACAGCUGCUCUGAUCAUAAAUUAAACGUUGACGUCUCCACAAUUUUGUUCACCAAAGUCAGCCUUCGUUAUGAGAACUGUGUCAUCAGAGCAACCGUGUCUACUCCCUCUGGUUGCCUCAUUGGCCUUCAGCUUAGUAACCAAGACCCUUGCCUGAUCAAUGCAAGAGUGUAUGCCUUUUAUCCUACUGAUGACACAUUGGCCAUGACUGAUGUCGACAUACUGGUCAUCAAAUCAUCUGAAGAUGCCGAUAACACAAACCUGCAGAUUGUCUACAACAUGGAGGCGUCUAAAGUGAUCCUCACUGAGCUCAAGAAAAGACUCCCCUCUAUUUUCUCUGCACUCAAAGUGUUUGCUGACGAGUAUCAUAUUACAAAGACCUUAGAGAUUCUGCAGGACACUGUCAGGCAGCACAUCAGGGACUCCUAUAAUGCUGUUUCAAACUAUGAUGUUAAUAUGAGUCAAAUUUCCAAUUAUUUUAGGAACACAGUUGUUGGGUACCAGAAAACCGUUCGAGCCUUUUCAAAUGCAGUUGUCAGGGUCUUGAGUGAGCUCCGCUUCAAACUGCCAGGGACCAGUGAUAUGAUCACUCUGCCUGAGCUGCUGAAAUUGGUGACUGAAACCAUUCUUGAAGUGCUGCAUAGAGACAUCCCCUUUUACUACAACUAUUUUGUUGAGGAGAUAAGCCAAGUCCUAAUCCAAAUACCUGCUGGUGAUGACGUUAAAAGAGCCCAAAUGAUUGAUCAGGUCAAAACAACUGUCAUGCAGCUCUAUGAAGGAGCAGUGGAUUUUGUGAAAAACUUGGAGAGUCUUGACACAAUGCUAGCAAGAAUAGGUGAGACCCUGGAGGCAGUUGUUCAGAAAACUCAAGAGUUUGUAGACUCUAUCAAGUCGGACUAUUUCGACAAAGUCUUCAGCACCCUCAACAGGCUAGACCGUGAACUCGUCACAAUAAUGAAGAAGGUAGCUGACCAAAUCCCUGCUUUCAGCCAGGAAGAGCUUAGCAGAGUGCUUGAGCAGGUAAUGGACAAGAUCAUCCAAAUGUUGGACCGAUUCAAUAAUGCCGUUGACGACUUACUGCAGCAAACAUCUCAGGAACUGCAGGAAUAUGUGACUGUUAGAGACGGAAAGUUCAGCGUUAGCUUUCCAUAUUAUCCUUGUCAGCCUUAAGUAAACCCCUCAGAGUGAGGCAUAGAUACACCAGACUAUAUGUUUAGAGCCAGCAAAAAGUACAGACACCUUAACAGUAUUUAAAGCAGUAGGUUUCAUUGAAACAACAGUUGUGUCAUUUGAAUGUGAUGGUUUGUGCUGUAAAGAGAACCUCAUAAGUAUGAAGCUCUCUGUCAAGCCAAGAGGAAAAGAAGAAUAAAAGCUGUGAAAACA